GAGAGAUAUAGAGAGAGAGGUGGAGAGAGAGAACAAGCGAAUGAGAGGAGAGGCUCGCAGGCAGCAGCAGCCGCGCAGUUACGCUGGGAUUCUACUUCAACGGGAGUUUGUGGUUUGGCAGGUUUAUAUACAUCAAAACAGAACAAAGAGAGGCUCUACAGUGCUAUAAAAGAAGAGAGAGAAAAGAAUAAAGCGAGGGAGAAAUCUCUGCGACUGAAUUACAAAAGAGCCGAGGACACUCCGCUAAUGUUGUUUCUCAUCCAGAGGGGACAUAAACCGGGACUUUGUGGAGAAUCUUUCUGCGAGGCUUUUUUUUUCCUCCUUUUUUUUUCUUCCUCUUAUUGUUUUUUUUUUUUUUUUUUUCCUUCUUUUUUCCCUCCGCGAGAGCCAAAAGUUUGUUUUGGGACGACGCGUCUUUCUUCAUCCUCCUCUUUUUUUUUUUUUUUUUUUUUUUUUUUGGGUUUUAAUUUCAUCCCGGCGUAAAAGUUUGCGAGCGGGACUGCACAUGGUUUCAAAGGGCUUCUGAGGAGAACCGUUGGAUUUUUUUAUUUUUAUUUUAUUCUAAUGUUGUGCUCCUGCUGCUCGGCGCGGUGCAUCACGCCGAAGGUAGAAAUGGUGUGAACGCACGCGGAUUUUACUCCGUUUUUCGUCGAUGGUGUUCACCCCCCAACAACAACAACAAAAAAAGAGAAGCUCCCCAUACUUUUUAAAGUUUGAAUAAUUCAUGAGAUACAAUUUGCCUGCUCGAAAGAAGUGACUGUAAGAAGAAGAAGGAGAAGAAGAGGGAGAAGAAGAGGAAGAAGGGAGGGGGGUUAUCCACAAACAUAUUCAUAAGGGUUGACGGAAUGGCCACCGCGGCUUCCAAUCCUUAUCUGGCCAGCAAUAGCAUCUUAUCGUCCGGCUCCAUCGUGCACUCUGACUCCGGAGGUGGUGGCAUGCAGCCGGGCAGUGCUGCGGUGACUUCGGGGUCUGGAGGCUACAGGGGGGACCCCUCGGUCAAGAUGGUACAGAGUGACUUUAUGCAGGGCGCGAUGGCAGCGAGCAACGGGGGACACAUGCUGAGCCAUGCCCACCAGUGGGUGACGUCCCUCCCGCACGCCGCGGCGGCCGCAGCAGCAGCCGCGGUGGCCGCAGCUGAAGCCGGAUCGCCGUGGUCGUCGAGCCCCGUCGGGAUGACGGGCAGCCCGCAGCAGCAGGACGUGAAAAACUCCGGCAGAGACGAUCUGCACACGGGCACCGCGCUGCACCACAGGCCGCCUCAUUUAGCCCCACAUCAGACUCACGCCGGGGCUUGGGGGAGCACGACGGCGGCGCACAUUAACUCCAUUUCCGGGGGACAGCAGCAGCAGCAGUCGCUCAUCUACUCGCAGCCCGGUGGCUUCACUGUGAACGGGAUGCUGAGUCCCGGCAGCCAGAGCCUGGUGCACCCGGGCUUGGUGAGGGGGGACACCCCGGAUCUGGACCACGGCAGCCACCAUCACCACCAUCACCACCAGCAUCCGCAUCACCAGCACCACGGCGGCGUCAACAGCCACGACCCGCACUCGGACGACGACACGCCGACCUCGGACGACCUGGAGCAGUUCGCCAAGCAGUUCAAGCAGCGGAGGAUCAAACUGGGCUUUACGCAGGCGGACGUCGGCUUGGCGCUGGGCACCCUGUACGGGAACGUUUUCUCGCAGACGACCAUCUGCAGAUUCGAAGCUCUGCAGCUGAGCUUCAAGAACAUGUGCAAGCUGAAGCCUUUGUUAAACAAGUGGCUGGAGGAGGCCGACUCGUCCACCGGCAGCCCCACCAGCAUCGACAAGAUCGCGGCGCAGGGGAGGAAGCGAAAGAAGCGCACGUCCAUCGAGGUGAGCGUCAAGGGGGCUCUGGAGAGCCACUUCCUAAAAUGCCCCAAACCCUCGGCGCAGGAGAUCACCUCCCUGGCGGACAACUUGCAGCUGGAGAAAGAGGUGGUUAGAGUGUGGUUUUGCAAUAGGAGACAGAAGGAAAAGCGGAUGACGCCCCCAGGAGUGGCACAGACGCCGGAGGAUGUGUACUCUCAGGUCGGCAAUGGGCAUUUUUUAGUAGAUUACUUAAAAGAUGCAAGUGAGGCGAGCGACCAGAGGGUGACAACCACAAGUUCAUUCCACCAGGUAAUUUUGGCGCAUUAAAAACACACCAAGAAGGGGGGGAACAAGACAAAACAAACAAAAAAAAACCCAAGUAUUGUUUUGAAUUUUUUAUUUUUUGAAAACAUUUUUCCUUCCUCUCCCGCAA